GUUAUGUUGUUUUGAAUAAAUUAGAAGUUAAAUUACAAAGUAUAAUAAUGUAUUGAUUUUAAGAGGAAAAAAGGUAAAAUAGUAAAAUUAUAACAUAAACCCUCCAUCUCCUUUCCUUAUUGGCUUUUUAACUCCCAAACAAGGGAAAAGUUUUCUCUCCUUUCUCCCUUCUCUCCCUUUCCUUCCCUUCCCCUCCUUAGCCUUUCCUUUCCUUCCCUUGAAAACUCGCAAACAAAGCCUUAACCAAGCAAUGAAUAUUGUAGCAAUGAGGUUUGGAUGUUGAUUCCAAUAUACUGAGCAUGAGAAGAAGCAAUGCUAACUUCUUUCGCAUUUCUCCGGUUUGAUCACAUUGGAAGAAUCAUAUCACAUCAAUACUAGUUCACACUUCACAUCCUCUUUUUGAUACUGAUACUACCAACAUUUUUCCUCUGCAUGUUCUUGACUGGCUUAUGGAACUAUCGGUUUCGUCUGAGACAACCGCCUCACAUGGAUAUAAACUCUCAUGGCCUGAAUCUAGUCAUCCUGAUGAACUUGACGAAGAGUUUGACACAUUUCCAACAUCAAGAUCACAUGAUGCAGUGAGAAUGAGGAGCAAAAGUGAAGAUAUCAAUAACAUAGUUCAAGGUUUGAUUCGUCUGAUAGAAGACAAAUUUGUUUCCGUUGCUAAACACCCAGUGGGAGUAGAAGCUCGGAUGCAAGAUGUUAUUCAACUAUUGAACGCGGAACAACCAGAAAAUACCAUAAUCAUAGGGGUAUGGGGGACAAAUGGGGUUGGUAAAACAACAAUCGCCAAAGCCACUUGAAAUCAAAUGAGUUACAAUUUUGAAGGUCAGAGCUUCCUUCUAAAUGUUAAUGAAAUUUGGGAGUGUAGUGAUGGCCAAGUUUCUUUACAGCGGCAGCUUCUUUCAGAUAUCUACAAAAUGACAAAGAUACAGAUAAAUACAGUUGAAUCAGGAAAAAUGGUAUUAUGGAAAAGACUUCGCCAUAGGAAGAUAUUUCUUGUACAUGACAAUUUGAAUAAAUUGGACCAGUUGAAUGCUUUGUGUGGUAGUCUUGAGUGGUUUGGUCAUGGUAGUAGAAUAAUUAUCACAACAAGUGAUAAACAUAUACUUUGUAGUCUUUAAGUUGACCUUAUAUAUAGAAUGAAAUAUAUGGACAUUACUGAAUCUCUUGAGCUUCUUAGUUGGCAUGCAUUCAAAACUCCAAGUCCAACGGAAAGUUACGCCGAUCUUUGUAAAGAUUAUGUAGAGUACUGUGGGGGAUUGCCGCUGGCUCUUGAAGUCAUUAGGUCUUUUUUGCUGGAUAAAUCUGUAGCAGAGUGGAAGAAUGCACUGAAGAAACUCAAAACCAUUCCCAACGAUAUCAUAAUUGGAAAGUUGUGAACAAACUUUGAUGAUUUAGAUGGUAAUGAGAAAGAAAUAUUCCUUGAUAUAGCUAAUUUAUUUAUUGGGAUGGACAAA